AUGGCGAGCCCCGUGGGCGUCCGGCUGCUGGCCCUCGGCGAGCAGCUCAGGAGGCCGAGGCCGGUGCUGGCGUGGGCGGAAGCAGCCAGCCCGACGGCCGCUCUGAGGAUGGCCCGCGGGAACCCUUGCGCGGGCUUGGGGCUCCAGUGCUCCGUGCUGGGCAGGCCGUCCGCCGGCCGUGGGGGCGCCGCGCCGGGCUUCGGCGUCCUCGGCCCCGGCAGGUGUCGCAGGCCCGAUGGCCUGAGGCUUCCCGGGUCUCUGGCUCCGUGGGCUCGCGACCUCCCCGAGCUGCAGAGGCUCGUCACGCGGGCCGCCGAGCCCCGCCCAGGCAGCGGGACCUCGGGCCAGCCCCUGGCCGAGGCGCUCACGGCGCCCGAGCUGCUGGGAGUGGAGCUGGCCGCCAGCGAGGCCACGAGCGACGAGACGAGCGACACGGAGUCCAGCGACACGGAGUCGAGCGGCACGGAGCCGUCUGCGGACCUCUCCCAGCGGUCCCCGAGCCCUCCCGAGGCGGGCCUCGGGCUCCGUCGAACGGGCACGAUCGCCUGCGACGAGGACGAGCGGCGCUCCCCUCGACGACCGCACGCCUGGCCGACCUCGGCGACCGCGAGCCCCUUCGGCCGGGGCGUCUGCCGCAGGGCGCCGCACCUCGACGAGAGCCAGAGGGCCCCGCGCGCCGCGUCCCUGCAGCAGGCCGGCAGCGAGCCAGCGCCCACGCGCCCGCGGGGGGAGGCGCCCGGCGGGGCCCGCCCCGGCUACGCCGGGAGGUCGCUGUCGGCGAGGGGCAGCAGGCCCCCGCGCUCCCCGGGCGCCUGCGAGGCCCGGGCCCGGGAGGUCCACCCGCGGGGCACGCAGCCGGCGGCGGGGCGCCCGGUGGCCCGCGCCCGCACCGUCUGCGACGGGCUCGCCGCGCCCCGCUGA